UUGGCUCAGAGGGGACCAGGCCGCGCGUUUCAUUUUUUGGCAUCGAUUUUUGAACUAUGAAGGCCGCAGCUGUCACCGCCCGCGCUCUGGCGCGCGCCCGUGGUGCCCUGUCACCUCUCACCUUGGCACGACGGCCGUUACAUGUCUCAGCCGCCAGGACGGCGGCGAAGGUGAGCCCGGCGGAAUUGACGAAGAUCCUCAGCGAGCGGAUCGCCAACUUCAAGGACCAGGCGGAUGUGCAAGAGGUGGGCCGCGUGCUCUCUGUGGGCGAUGGCAUCGCGCGCAUCUACGGGCUGAAAGGCGUCAAGGCUGGUGAGAUGGUGGAGUUCUCCAGUGGCUUGAAGGGCAUGGCACUGAACUUGGAAACCGACAACGUGGGCGUGGUGGUCUUUGGAGAUGACCGAGCAAUUGUGGAAGGCGACAGCGUGAAAUGCACCGGGACCAUUGUGGAUGUGCCCAUCGGUGAGGAGCUGCUUGGCCGUGUGGUGGAUGCCUUGGGGACCCCCAUCGAUGGCGCGGGGCCCAUCAACACCAAGGAGCGACGCCGCGUGGAGCUCAAGGCGCCUGGCAUUAUCCCCCGGCAAUCCGUGCACGAGCCCAUGACCACGGGGCUCAAGGCCGUCGACUCGUUGAUCCCCAUCGGCCGUGGGCAGCGAGAACUGAUCAUUGGGGACCGACAGACGGGGAAGACGGCCAUCGCCAUUGACACCAUUUUGAACCAGAAGGCCAUUAACUCGUCUCCGGACAAAUCUGCCCACCUCUACUGCAUCUACGUGGCUGUGGGUCAGAAACGUUCCACGGUCGCCCAGCUCUUUGAGAUCCUGCGGAAGAAUGACUGCCUGAAGUACACGACGGUCGUGGCGGCCACUGCUUCUGAUGCGGCUCCUCUGCAGUUCUUGGCACCCUACACGGGCUGUGCUAUGGCGGAGUACUUCAGGGACAAUGGCAAACAUGCGGUGAUCUUCUACGACGACCUGUCGAAGCAGGCCGUGGCCUAUCGUCAGAUGUCGCUGCUGUUGCGGCGUCCUCCAGGCCGAGAGGCCUAUCCAGGUGAUGUCUUCUAUUUGCACUCUCGUCUCUUGGAGCGAGCCGCCAAGAUGAACGAGGACACCCACGGCGGUGGCUCGUUGACGGCGCUGCCGGUGAUCGAGACCCAAGCGGGCGACGUGAGCGCCUACAUCCCGACGAACGUCAUCUCCAUCACGGAUGGUCAGAUCUUCUUGGAGACGGAGCUCUUCUACAAGGGUAUCCGCCCCGCGGUGAACGUGGGUUUGUCCGUGAGCCGCGUGGGCUCCGCCGCUCAGAUCAAGGCCAUGAAGCAGGUGGCAGGUACCUUGAAGUUGGAGCUGGCGCAGUACCGUGAGGUGGCCGCCUUCGCCCAGUUCGGCUCCGACCUGGAUGCGGCCACCCAACACCAGCUGCUGCGAGGCGGCAUUUUGACGGAGCUCCUGAAGCAGAAGCAGUUUGUCCCCAUGACGACGGCGGAGAUCAUCGUAUCCCUCUGGGCGGGCACUCGAGGCUACCUCGACAAGGUGGCGACCAAGGAGAUCCUCCGUUUUGAGGCCCUGUGGUUGAAGCACUUUAAGGACACCAAGGCUGAUGUCCUUAAGGAAAUCAUGACGAAGAAGCAGAUCACCCCUGAAAUCGAGGGUUCCAUCAAGUCGGCGAUGGACGAGUUUUUGGGCAUGAACGAGUUCGAGAGCCGUGCUUCUUAAGCAAGGUGAGCAGAUGAGUGGCAGGCGGUGCAAGGCAAUGAUAGCAGUGAUAGCAACAAAUUCAAUAGUUAACAGCCGAACGCAAUUUCCCC